GCCGCGCCCACUUCCUCCGCCGCUCCGCACCCGCCGGCGGCGCACCCGGGUGGCAGCGCUGCGCGCCCAGGACCUAUCCGGCUGCGGCGUGGCGGCCCUCGGCGCGCUCGGAUCCCACCGCGCGCUUUGCGACCCGGCUACGGAGCGUUCGGCUGCCCGCAUGGACGCGGCGCUGAAACGGAGCCGCUCUGAGGAGCCGCCGGAGCUCCCGCUGCCAGCUCGGGAGGUGGAGGAGAAAGAGGAGGAGGAAGAAGAGAGGAUGGAGCAGGGCCUGGAGGAGGAGGAAGAGGUGGACCCCCGGAUCCAGGGAGAACUGGAGAAAUUAAAUCAAUCCACGGAUGACAUCAACAGACAGGAGACGGAACUUGAGGACGCACGCCAGAAAUUCCGAUCUGUCCUGGUCGAGGCGACGGUGAAACUAGACGAACUGGUGAAGAAAAUCGGCAAAGCUGUGGAGGACUCGAAGCCUUACUGGGAGGCCCGCAGGGUGGCCAGGCAGGCUCAGCUGGAAGCUCAGAAGGCCACACAGGACUUCCAGAGGGCCACCGAGGUGCUCCGUGCUGCCAAGGAGACCAUCUCCCUGGCUGAGCAGCGGCUGCUGGAGGAUGACAAACGACAGUUUGACUCCGCUUGGCAGGAGAUGCUGAAUCACGCCACUCAGAGGGUCAUGGAGGCCGAGCAGACCAAGACAAGGAGUGAACUGGUACACAAGGAGACGGCAGCCAGGUACAAUGCUGCCAUGGGCCGCAUGCGGCAGCUGGAGAAGAAACUCAAGCGAGCCAUCAACAAGUCCAAGCCUUAUUUUGAGCUCAAGGCAAAGUAUUAUGUGCAGCUUGAGCAACUGAAGAAGACAGUGGAUGACCUUCAGGCCAAGCUGGCCCUGGCAAAAGGCGAGUAUAAGGCAGCUCUGAAGAGCCUGGAGAGGAUCUCCGAUGAGAUACAUGAGCGUCGGCGUUCCAAUGCCAUGGGGCCUCGGGGCUGUGGUGUGGGGGCAGAGGGCAGCAUCACAUCAGUGGAGAACCUGCCUGGGAGCAAACCAGAGCCUGAUGCCAUUUCUGUGGCUUCAGAAGCCUUUGAAGACGACAGCUGCAGCAACUUUGUGUCUGAAGAUGACUCAGAAACCCAGUCUGUGUCCAGCUUUAGUUCAGGACCAACAAGUCCAUCUGAAAUGCCUGACCAGUUCCCUGCAGUGGCAAGGCCUGGCAGCUUGGAUCUGCCCAGCCCCGUGUCCCUGUCUGAAUUUGGAAUGAUGUUUCCAAUACUGGGCCCUCGAAGCGAAUGCAGUGGGGCCUCAUCCCCCGAAUGUGAGGUGGAACGAGGAGACAGAGCAGAAGGGGCUGAGAAUAAAAUGAGUGACAAAGCCAACAACAAUCGUGUCAUCGGCAACAGCGGUGGUGGCAGGGGCAGGAGCCAAAGCAGCACGUCCCUUGAGGGCCAGGCCUUGGAAACCCGUAUGAAGCAACUCUCCCUACAGUGCUCCAAAGGAAGAGAUGGGAUUAUUGCUGACAUAAAAAUGGUGCAGAUUGGCUGAUCCACUCAGGGCCGUGGCCCAUGUGCAAUUCACAUGUAUACAUGAAACUCAAGAAACAUCGUGCCAAUACUCAUUUAACACAAGCCAGACAGUAUGCAUUUACUCUAAACUGCACUAACCAAGUCUCAGUGACCUUGAGGGCUGAAGAAUUUCCCUUUGGUAAGAGCUCUUGGGCUGGUGUGUUUCAGAGCAGAGCCAUUGCAGGUAAACUGUGACCAGGGUCACAGCCUUUGCAGAACAUUCCCUGUAGCAGCAGUGUGGAAGCAAUAACUAGUUUCUGUGAAAGAACCUGAACCAGGAGGAGGACUGGACACUUAGCCAGACUGGGGUCACCAGCCUACAUCUCUAUCCCCUCUCCCCCCUCUAUUUGGGGAAACUGAGAUGUUCUCUCCAUUAUUAUCACAGGGCACCAAAAUAAUUUUAAAACUCACACAAACAAAAACUCAAGUGUUCAGAACACAUUGUUCUGACCCAGUGAAAGCUUACAAGCAAUCCCAAGAACACAAUUCAUUUUCAUCACCUCUGGUGCUCAGAGGGGGAUUUUUUAAAAGCAUGUCUUCUGGACACCCAUUCAAACCAUUUCCUAGGAAAGCUACCAUGAACUGCACUUUUGGGGGUGGGGUGGGGAGUGAGGUAGCAGGGACAUAGCGUAGGGCAUCUGUGGUUGGGGGGGCUCUAUAGCCUAACCUGGCCUGCCAGCCAAGGGGGGUUUAUUCUGAGAGAAGUGCACGUGAAGAGUGGCUACCACUCUUCUACUAGACUGACAAGAAGUUCAUUGCUCUGUAGGUUGUAACUUCUACAAUAAUUGCGAUUAUUUAAGGUUUAUGCUUCAUCUAGUAUUCCUUAGAGGAAACUGUCCUUAAAGCUAGGAAAGGGAGUGGGCAUGUGCUGACAGAGGCUGGUAAAUAGAAGCAAUGGAUGUUAUGCUAAUAGUAGUGUGUUUAGACGCUUAGUUAGUGUUUAUGGUUAUGCAUAUUUAGAGCACUGUAUUUUAUUUGUCCUGUUUUAUUGAUUUGGCUUUUCUGAAGAAAAAAGCAACCCCCCCCCCCCAUUUCAAAUUGUCUUUUAAUUCUGUCACAGCUUGUAAAAUUUAGCCACGUGUGUAUAGCUUCAUACAACAGUGGUUUCUCCUUUUUUAUUGAUGGAUCCAGUAUCCUAAUUACAAGGUUAUUUUGUACUUGUUUUACUACCUUGAGGGUAAUAAAAACUAAGACUUUGUGACUUCA